CAUGCGCAGGCAAGCACAUGUACAUGUUUGACAUGUUACAUGUAGGGUGUAGGGAAUGUUUAUACUAGUUCCAAAAUACAAACAUAGAAGAGGACAUCAGACUAUCAGAGAGGGAGAGAGGAAGAGGAGAAAGUUGCUGCUCUCCAAAACAGAGUGUGAAACCUUCAGUCAGAUAUAUUAUAUAUACUUAAUAAGUAUUAGCUUUGCACAUUUUGCAGGCUUGUGAACUUGUGAAGUGGCAACUGUUGAAAUGUCAUUUGGAUAAGCACGCACAUAUAAAGAAUAUUGCCCUCUGUUCAUUAAGAGUGUGUCGUCGAUGUUUAAAUAAAAGCUGCUCCAGUGAUAAAAUGCCACCAAGAGUAUUGUGAUUGAUCAAGUUGUAUCAUUUAGUUGGAUAACUGACAGCUGACAUUCAAAAUGGGAAAUGCAUUUAGUAAUGGUCAAGACAAUGAUGAAUUAGUGGACAAUCUUGUAGAGGGUGGUUACAUCAGGACCAAAAAAGUCCAGCAGGUCUUCCGUGCUAUAGACAGAGGUGAUUAUUUCCUAUCGAGUCACAGAGAUGAUGCCUACAAAGACUUUGCUUGGAAGCAUGGCAACAUACACUUGUCAGCUCCAUGUAUUUAUUGCGAAGUUAUGGAAGAGCUGUCUUUACAGCCUGGUCUAAGUUUUUUAAAUCUUGGUUCAGGAACUGGUUAUUUCAGCACAAUGGCUGGUUUGUUGCUAACCCAAAAUGGUAUUAAUCACGGUAUUGAAUUGCACGAAGAUUGUAUUAAAUAUGCUUAUGAUAGGCUUGAAGAGUUUAAACAAAAAUCUCUAGCCAUGGAUGAAUUUGAUUUCUGUGAACCAAUUUUUAUUCAAGGAAAUUGCUUAAAUGUCACACAUCCUAGAAGAUAUGACAGAGUUUACUGUGGUGCAACUUGUCCAGAGUCUCAUGAGGCUAUGAUUAAGGAGUUUGUGAAAGUCGGUGGCAUUCUAGUCAUGCCCUACAAUGAUUUUUUAGUAAAAACUAAAAGAAUAGAUGAAAACACUUGGGAGCAAGUUUCCCUACUGCCAGUAUCAUUUGCCACUUUAGUUGUACCAACGACCAAUGAAGUUGCCUGCCAAUUACCCGACUGUGAUCCACUUUCGCUACAAGAACUCUGCCGCGGUAAAAUCCGACGAAGGUUGCGGCAAAACGUCUGGCGCGAACACGCAGAUCUCGAAACCAGCAAACCCAUAGCUCUGGAACGCAGACCGUCCCCGCCCAAUCAUGCCCUACGCCAAUUCAUCAUACCGAUCACCGAGGAAUCGGACGACGACAUGCCAUCGGACGAAGACGAAGAAUCGCGCGUCCACCGCACCCAGCUACUCCUAAACAUUAAUGGUCCGCCUGGCGAGAAUUUCCGUACGACCCUUCAGCUUAUGCGCGCCGUGAUACAGCCUAAUCGAAGAAAUACAGCUGCUCGAAAUACCAGUGCCGUUGAGUCUAACGAGCGUCCCGAAUCCGAGGAAAGGCCUCGCUCUCCAGUCGAUGCAGAUGAACGCAAAACUGACCAGCCAACUGACAGCUCGACGCAGAAUCAAGACGUUAUAGACUGGCGGGAGAAUGAAGAGUCGCCAAGUACCGAGAACACAAGUACGAAUUUUAGCAGCGAGCACGAAAGACAGGACUCGGAGAGUAGCUCUGACUUGGCAUGUGACAAGUCGCACUCGGAAAGCCAAAACACCGACAACAUUGAUAAGAAGGAAAACAAGCCACCUGCUAAUGAUCUAUUGGCGUAUUCGAAUAUGAGUGAAAGCGACAGCGAGCCGGAGAACGAAAGCGAAGCUGAUACUGGUCGUCGCUCACUGCUCAUUGAGAAGCAUAAAAAGGCUAGUCACAAGGAAACGUCCGACAGCGGCAUAGUCGAGGACGCCUGUGCUACGGGUAACGAUGACGGCAGCAUCAGCUCGGAUUCUGAUUAUGCCAACGGCACUCCGGUUAAGCACAAACGUAGCAGCAGUAGUGGCAACAGCAGCUGCAGCGCCGUGUCCUCUGGUAGUAACAACAAUAGCAGCCGUAGUGAUAACAACAGUAACAGUAGUGAGCCCAGACGUAAGCGAAGGCCGAGCAGGCUUGGUCUCAGAGACACAGAAUCUCCCAACAGAACUGGACAUUACGUUGACACCAAUGCUUUCUUUUCGUACAUGAAGAUGAAGAUACAUUUACUGCCCCUGCCCUAUGCCCUCAAGAUGUAUAUAAACUACAAUCGAACCUUGUAAUUAUUUAAUUUCGACUAUCAUUUUCCCCAUCGAGUUGUUUCAUAGUUCCUCCGUACAUAGGAAUUAGCGACAUUAUAUGGUGAAAUAAAUAUGGGCAUGCGCUGCGAAAAUCAAAAUAAGAUGACACGCAUCGAAUUUUCGUCAGUGCCUUAGAAAAAAAAAAAAAAAAAAAAAAAAAAAA